CGCUCCGCCAGACAGUGGACUCCAUUCAACAGCGGGGCUACGAAGUCUUUACCGAAAUCCGGUGUAUGGAAUUUCAGAAACUUGCGGAAGACUCAGAGAAUAGUUUUUAUUAUUAUUUUAAAACUAUAGUUUGUAUUAAUUAAUAUUUGUACUUUGUCGAAAUUCCAGUAUUUAUACCCGUUUUAUAGUUUAAGUGAUCUUUAUUUGCACUUUAUUAAAACUUGCGAUUAGGCAACUGAAAACCUCCUCGCAUUUGUUUCAUGUUAAGCUUCGCGUCGGGUAUUUUUCCGUCGGAAAAGUCGCACUUCGUACAGUCCUGAGUGAGAAACGUUUUUAGCCGGUUACGGAAUUGCGGGGAGUCCCGAGGAAUGGACGGGCACCGGGGAAGAUUCCCCUAUGUCAUGUGACUGAGGUGUGCCCUGUUACCUGGUCUGCAUCAUCGGCAUCAGAAAUGUGGAGCAUGAGAUCCCAGUUAAGAAACUAUGACUGAUGUGGUGAAGUGAGGUUCUUACAGUAUGAUAUCGCAAUAUAAGACGUCCUGCUCGAGUUUCACUCACAUUACUGGUACAGAUCACCUAUUUGGAGUCACAUGUUGUUUAACGAGGGAACAAAGAAAACGGAUUUUUUUUUUCUUUUCUCUGAUCAUUCAUUAUUUGAUCUCAGGGAGGAUAUUUGAUAAACUGUAAAUUGCUUCAAGACAGCAAAGUUUCCGAGACCAUGGCCUUGUCUCAGAUCCAGUGUCUGGACGAACACAACGUUAACAUGCGGACGAACGAGACCAAGCCAGAGUUCUUCUACAGCGAGGAUCAGAGACUAGCGCUGGAAGCGCUUCUCCGGGACGGACGCGACGCUUUCGACAAAUACAUCCAUGCACACAACGUGCGAAGGUUUCUGUCCGACCUCGAGUUGGAGCAUCUAACAGGGACCGCGGAGGUUUACGACCCGGGAUCUGAUCAUGUGAAAGCAAAGGGAGAGGGUAAUAGCGACGAUGUAGAGCCGUCACUUCAGUACUGGCCGGAGCGCUCCGACUGCUCCAUCCCAGACCUGGAUAUCGGGUGGCCAGACUUCGUCUCAUACCGAGGAGUGACCCGGGUCAAUGUUUACACGCAGCCGCCGAUGGAAGGUCAAGCGCACAUUAAAGAAAUCGUUAGGAAAACCAUAGUGCAAGCGCAGAAGGUCAUUGCUGUCGUUAUGGACCUAUUUACAGAUGUGGACAUAUUCAUUGACCUACUGGACGCCGCCUUCAAAAGGAAGGUGGCCGUUUACAUUAUCCUGGAAUCCACCGGAGUGCCGCACUUUCUGAGCAUGUGCAGACGGGCUCAAAUGCACAAGGGACACCUUAAGAACCUGCGGGUCCGAAGCACUAGAGGGGCGGAGUUUCAUACCCGAUCAGCCAGGAAAGUGUUCGGAUCCUUGGCACAGAAGUUCAUGUUUGUGGAUGGGGACAGAGCAGUGUCUGGGUCCUACAGUUACACAUGGACAGCUUCCAGACUGGACCGGAACCUCAUCACAGUUCUCACGGGCCAGGCGGUUGAGACCUUUGAUAAGCACUUUCAGGACUUGUAUUUGGUGUCUCAGAGUGUGGAUCUGAGUGAGGUGGACAUGGAGGAUGAGCCGGAGCCGGAGCCGAUCACGCCACCUCUCCCGGCACCAAUACCUGCUGCUGUAGCCCGCAAACGCAUCAAUCCCAAAUACGCAUUGGUUAGCAGUAAUCUCCAAGAGUCUGAAAGUAAGACAGACUCAGAAAAAAACAAAGGUCCUGUGCCAAAAGUGCUCCGACCUCCACGAGAAAUACCAGAGCCGAUCCAAAUUCACCCUGGUCUUCUGCAUCUCGAGCGAAUCAACUUGAUUCCAUACCUGCCCACCUGGCCUGAGCCUGAUCCUCCAAGUGAUGUCAUAGGGUUUAUCAACAUCCGCGACUCCAGCAAGCCCAUGCACGCCCACCUCAUGCGCUCCGAGCUGUUUGAGACGUCACAGGCCAUCCGAUUCAAAGAUCCCUUCGUCCUUCCAGAACAGCUUCCUGAGAAGGCCUGUCCCACACAGAAACAUGACCCUCAGUUAAGCCAGGACCAAUCAUCCCAACACCAAGAAAUCCAGACGGAACCCGGGAACAGAGCACAAAUUGUGGAUGAAAUAGGUUCUCCGAGGACCCAGAACCCCAAACAAAUACAGUCUCAAUUCCAAGGAGCCCUAGAUGACCCAGUUUCUGAGGGCUUAGAAGGCAAGGAACCCCAACACUAUGGAAGAAACACUAAGAAAGGUCUAAAACGUCUGGACCAAACAGGUUCUAUAGCUGCCUUGGAACUAGAACAAACAAAGUCCCAACAAAGAGGAUGCGUAGAAGAUCCAAGGACAAAAUCUGAGACGCUGAAUAGCACGCACAUCCUGGGAGAACAGGAGACUGCAUCCCCACCAGUCCCCAAACCAAGAACUAUUCACCUGGUACUUGAUGCAGCUACUUGUAAAGAGGUCAGUGCAUUGAAGCUGUCUGAAAACCAUCCAGGCCCAUUGGGUGUCAUUUCUGAUCAGGCACCUCACAGUACUACUAAACAUGACAGUGUGUUCUCCUCAGCUACACUAUCGGAUGGUAGCGAGACAUGUCUGGACAGAGAUGAUCAGAAAGAAAAACAUGCAAAAAUGACAUCAGAUGAACACAGAGUGAAUGGAUCUCCAAGGAAGGGGUCUGCUGCCUCAACGACAUCCGAGGAAUUUUUUGAGUGUGUCGACAACGCCGGCUCAGGGCAUUUAGUCAACGGCGCACAUGCCAUGUCAGUUCCUCCGGAGGAUGACAAGAUUCUUAAUGGGCCGCAGGAGACAUCAGCGGUCACCCAGUUACUGAAAGAUCCACAGCAGGAAAAGGAUAAAAGGUGCAUCUCCAUAGACUUUCAUGGAGACAAAAUGAAGCGGGAACAUGCUUCCCCCCAUUCCACGGGUAGCGCUAUCCCAUCCGUCCAGCAAGACCUGGAACAAGGUCGCACCAAGUCCGUGGACGACGGGCCCAGACGAAGCCGUCGUGUGGUCAAGACAAAUCGUGGCAAGGCGGGACAGAGUGACUAUCUGUCGCACAACAGAGUGUAUUACGCUCAUGGAAACCGUACCGGAGACGUCUCAGCUCAGAUGGCCAAUUCUCAGAGCUUCCUUUAUAGGCUGGCCCAAGAACAGCUGGUUAAACCCAAGACUGGUAGGCUGUCAAGCCAACGCAGACUAUCCCGCAGGUACCCUAUGGCUUGGGGUGACAGUCGGGCCUCCUUUGGAAUCCCAGUAGCUAGCCUCUCUAAUUUUAAACACUUGAAAAGGAAGAUCUCAAGCAUUCCCCUAGAAACCAUGCGAAACUCUGAAACAGUCACAAAGCCAAGCAUACAGGAGCAGUGCUAAUUACAAUUCUUUGGCUUGCGCUUGUUGUCGUAGUUUAGGACAGUUGGUCAACCGAUCAGUCUGUAAGACACUCCUAGUCAAUUACGACACCAUCACUCCCCCACGGUCAGCAAAAUAUACCAAGCGGGAUUCCUCCCUGAUCGACAAUAUAUACCAUCAUGACUGUUUGUUUAGGAUUUUUAUUUUUUGGUUUAAUAUGUUUCCCUUUUAGUAGAUACUGUUUGAAUCUUGGCACAUAAUUCUCAAUCAUUAUACCUCGAUUGACCAGGGCAGACUGUUAUGGUGGCUAGACGUUUUCUCUGCUAGCAGGGGUUGGGUGAAAAUCAGAAAAUUGGUGCUGGGUGGUUUUGACUUAUGGUGGAACUCGUAAUAAUGAGGUCUCUUGAAUGGCAAGAAAAACAAGAUGUAAGAUAUAACCUGGUGAGUGUGAUUAUUACGCACAAGCAGCUAACCUACAGUCAACUGACUGUUGAUUUAGGGUUGGUACCCAAAGCAGUGCUCUUGGGCUGUGCAUUCCUCCAUUCCACGUGUAGGAAAUAUUUUUCGUAACUCUGUUAUAAAAGUCCUGAAAAGCCUAAGUGUUGUGUGAUUAUCUAGCCCUUUGUGUAUUCCGAAGGUGACACGGAGUUUAAAGAUCGAAAGUCUUUACCGUAAUGAGUGACUUGUACUCUGCCGAACCAAUAAUCUCCAUUGUCUUAUCUGUUUGGACAGACGCACACGUUUUCUGCAUGUGAGAGUCACUGAAAACAAUUGAGGAACAUAACGUAGGAGACACGUGAGAUUUUACAGGUCACAAAUGCCGCGAAAACAGCUUGUACACGGUGAUUUGUUAGCACUGUUUUUCAAUUUUAUUGUUCAAUAAAAACGAUGGUAAGAAAAACAAGACUUAUGAUUGUAUCUACAAUGUAAUUAGGUUGUAAAAUGAAAUUUGCGAUCCCGUACGAAAACUGUGAAUCAUACGAGAUGUGUUACGGAAAAAUCAUGUAUUGUCAGCCACUUAAAUGAGUGUUACAUGUAUUGCCGGUGGGGAGAGAUGAGGAAUGUGUGUAAUGAACACUUUUCAUUUUGGGGUACGGUGGUUAGGGUUGGCUGUAUGAGUAAUGCAAAUAUGUGAUGAACGACAGGCCUUGAAGAACAUGGUGGCUUUUAUAGUGUGAGUUACAGCUGAAUAUAAAAAUCAUGAUCUGGCUGCCUUCAGCGCACUGCCUUGGUGCCUUUAACUUUCCUGCCGUACUAAUGAUACAAAGACCAGGUUCAGUCCCAUGGCAGGGGGCUGGAUUAGGCUUGGGCUGGGACAGUGCCCCCCACACAAACACACACACCCUCCGACUUCCUUAGAUAAUCAUGUGUUCCACCCAGCAUUUCCAGGGCCUGACCAAGGCAAAAACAUCAAGCAAAAAAAAAAAAUUACCUCAAUCCUCAAAAUUU